UCAGACGCUUUUACAAUGCAAUUUAUCAAUUGGAUGUAUUUAUUGUGUUGGUUUCUACCAUGGGUGAAAAGUGCCUAUGAUGUCUUAGACCCUUCGGCUGGUCAGAAUAUUACGGAAUAUCUGCAUGCACGCCAGAAAAGAUAUCAGCUUAUCUACAGGAAUGGAGGAACCAUCCGUUUGGUCGUGGGACCUGUGAUGGCCACACAACUCGAGGAUCCUGUGGUCUGGCGAAGUAUGGUGUACUAUUACACGCUCCAUUUCGGCGCCUUUACACUGCCAUCAGCUCCACUUUAUCCAUGGGACAAAUGGGAGACGAUCUUCGCUCGUUCGCUAAAGGAAAAGAUUAGGACAUUGAAUGAAUCUCACGAGGAUGACUCUCGAGUUUUCGUUUAUGCUGCCUUGGAGAAUUAUAUGGAUCGAGUAAGUGGACUGGUAGGACGUGGUAGGCAGUGUUUAUUGCGAGGAAUCUGCGAAAAUGCUCAGGUUCAUCAUCAUGUGGGAAUUAUGGCAGAGCUACUUAACGUACUACUCACACCUGGUAAGACGCGUUUGGAUCCGGGCUAUAAAGAAGCCUUUGAAUCUGGAAAAGCAGGGAUCGAUUGUUUAUCUCAUUAUUCGAAUUGUCCAAAAGGUGAAAGUGUCUUGGAUGCCUACGCUGUAGAAGUGGAUUAUUAAA